GACAACUGUACAUGAAGAAUGGUGACAGGUUCCAUGACUUCCUGUCUGAGUUCCUGUACCUCACCACAGAAGCAGGAGUUGCAGAAGACACUUGGAAAGAUGAGCUCUAUGUGAAGUUGACAACCAAACUCCAAGAGCUGUGUAUCAUAGCAAGCUACCAGGAUGGACCCUUUCAGGAUUUCUCCAAUGCAGUAUCCCAGACUGCAAGCCGACUUGAAGUUAUCAACCACUGGAAUCAGAGGAAUUGAUCCUUCAACUUCCCAUCAACUAGCAAGGAUACGACCAAAGGAACCAACCAAUCUGGAGUUACUAUCAAGAAAGAACCAACUCCUUCCUGAAGCUUUAGUCCUACCGCCUCACAGACUAGCGGUGUCGGACGUGACCGAUUGAUGAAGGAAGGUAGAUGUUUCCAUUGCCAGGAACGUGGACAUCUAGCUCGGGACUGCCCCACCAAGUCAUCCACCCCUGAACUGAAGGAAGAGAAAGUCUCCAACCUGGGGCUAGAUGGUGUCGACCUAGGUGAAUUGGAUCUUAGUCAACUAAUUGGAGGAAAAGGAUUCAAUGUGAAUAGCCAGGUAGCUUACAAUGGAAUCAGUAUUCCUGACUACUCUAGCCGACACUGGAGCAAAUGGGUAUCUCUUCAUGGACACCCAGCGAGCGACUGGACUGGCAAAGUUCUUUGGAAUCCCAACACGACAGCUCAACACUCCUAUCGGUACAAAGGGAUACAACAGGAAGACUGGCUCAGCAAUCACCCAUGCCAUCAUCUGUCACUUACUCAUUGAUGGACAGCAAUUCCUAAACCAACCCUUCCUGAUUGCUGAGUUGGGUCAACAUGACUUGAUUAUUGGACGGAAGUGGUUUGAUCAUCACGAUGUCUGGCUGAACGUUAAGCACCGAAAGCUGGUUUGGGCUGAGUGUGACGGCUCACACAUGAUAGCUCACAUAUAACGACCCAACACCGCAUCAACGGACGAUACAUCACAAAUGCCGCUAUACAACCCUAUAAAAACCUCUUCAUUAUCCAGAUAGAUUCCCCUUUUUUCCUUUUCUUCUC